GAUGGCGGGUGUUCCUGAAAUAGUGCUUGUCUCCGCCCCGCAGGAUCAAGAUUUCCAGGCGGCCUCAGACUCCCAGGCUGCCUCAGACUCCCAGACCACAGCAGUAGCCUCUCCCCUAGAGGACUUCCGAGUGCGCUGCACCUUGAAGAGGGCCGUGGUGGAAGUAAUGGAGAUGUGCAGUCGCUUCGUACAAGGGCUCGGGGCCGCGCUGCCGGAGGACAUCCGCGAGCUCGCACUGCGGGACGCACAGUGGACUUUUGAAUCAGCUGUGCAGGAGAAUGUCAGCAUUAAUGGACAGGCUUGGGAGGAAGCCACAGAUCACUGUUUUAUGGAUUCUGACAUUAAAGUACUUGAAGAUGAGUUUGAUGAGCUCAUAGUGGAUGUUGCAACAAAGCGGAAGCAGUACCCCAGAAGGAUCCUUGAGAGUGUUAUCAAGACCCUGAAAGCGCAGCAUGCGAGUCUGAAGCAAUAUCACCCUGUUGUACAUCCUCUGGACCUGAAAUGCGAUGCUGACCCAGCUUCUCGUAUGGAAGAUCUGAAAAGCCGCGGAGAAGCCGUAGCUAAGGAGAUGAGUGAGGCCAUGAAGGCUUUGCCCGUGUUAAUUGAACAAGGAGACGGCUUCUCCCAGGUCUUAAAGAUGCAGCCUGUGAUCCAGCUGCAGAGGAUCAACCAGGAAGUCUUCUCCAGCCUUUACAGGAAAGCAGAUGCCAAGUCUGACAAAUGUGUGACACACGGAGAAACCACACCAACAGAGACUGUGGCCAGGAAGGCCUCCAACAUUGUGCUAAAGAGAAAGCAAGCCCCAGACUGCGCCCAGAGACAGUGCUACCCGCUGCAGCCGAAGAGAAUUAAUCUCGAUAUGUGAGCUCUGUUGGGAAGCUGAAAGUCAAUGUUGUCAACAUUUAGGGUCACAGUCUGAUGCCUGGGAGACUUUAUUUAAAGUAACUGACUCUGUACAGGUACAGUGUACUGUUGUGAUAUCCUGGAGAGUCCUAUGCUUCUUCCCUUGAGUCCCUGUGCAGUAGGUGAAACGACCUUCCAGUCCUGCACAGACCUGUCAGUGGCCUCAUGACAGCGGCUCUCGGCUGCCAUGCAGCUUUCGAGGCGUUCCAGGGACUUGCUCGGAGGAGUUUGUGCUGCACAGCUCUCUCUCUCUGUAGCUCUGAGGUGGUUCCCUGCGGCUUGCGAGCUGGCAUUGGCUCUGCGAGGCAGCGAGUCAUUUCUAGGCAGUUUAUUGAACGAGUGCACAGAAAGUGGGCCUGACCUUAGGUUUGUUCCAUGGUCAUUAAUUUGAGGUCUUAGAGUUUUGUAAGAUAAAUGAGAAGUCUAUUAUUUGUGCAGGAAAUAUUCUUAAAAAGAAAACCUGGGGCACAGAGCCUCUAUUUCUUGCCUGUGUUUUCAUUUUCAUAAAUCUUAGAACAUAAUUUGACUGGAAACUGAUAGUUUCUUUUAAAGUCUUUAUUUCCAAAUAGAUCCUUCCAGUUCAAAGUACAUAUUAGGAUUGGUUAGCGUGUCAUUGAGCACAGAUCUCAGCAGAGUGAACUGCUCCAGUUAUGGACGCUUGUACAUCCGCGAUGGAGGGUCAGACUCAGGUGGUGUCAGGAAGCUUACGCUGAGGUUUCAGCACAGUCUCUUACAGCUUAUGCUUGUGUCUCUUACCCAGUGCAUUGUAGACAGGGCUCCUCGCUUGCCAUCAGUUUCCUUUUUGGGUGAUUAUGCAUUUGUCCAUUUUCAGUGGAAUUGACUGAUCAUGACCUGCAAAUUCUGUACUGCUUUUGUUCAUUAUGUCCUAAUGAUCAUAAACAUCUUGGUUUGUCUGCUCUUCUCAGUUGGGAAAGUUUUAUGGCGAUGCUGCUUUAUGGAACUUAGGUUCUAUUUUAGUUAAAACUUUAUCUGAUUUAGUGUGAAUAAUUGCAUGGAGCAGUGUUGGAGUUUUUAAAGUAAUGUGUAAAGACCAAAAUCUUGGCGCUGUGCCUUCUCCAGCUAACAAGGCAUUCCUGGUACCGGCGUUCGUGGGAGAGCAGGGUGGCACUCUGCAUUCCAGAGUGAACUAGCUCUUGCCCUAAAGCCACUUCGUGACUCCAGAAGGUGACUGUUGGUACUGUGCCUCUCAUGGCAUUAAAGUGCUGUGAAUGACUUUGCUUGAGAAGGGCCCACAUAGUCAAGGCUAGGACAACAGCCACUCAAGCAAGACCACAUCGUCAAGGCUAGGACAGCGGCUGGAGGCAGUACGGUGGGAUUCCACACAUAGUCAAGGCUAGGACAGCGGCUGGAGGCAGUACGGUGGGAUUCCACACAUAGUCAAGGCUAGGACAGUGGCUGCAGGCAGUAUGGUGGGAUGACACUGAAGCAAGAGCUGUUAUAUAGCAAGAUGGGAGAAUGAGCUUGGGGGCACCCCCUAGGAAGUCACCUUGUGAAAGGCCUCUUUCCACACAUGGCCUCUGGGCAUGCUCAGAGGAGUUUAGAGUGACUGACACUCCAAUACCAGUGUGACUUGAGCCUGUGGCUUAAGCACUCACUUAAUAGUAAGCUCUGAGAGGUGUUUCAUCCUCAGUGCAGAAGCUGGGUGAUCAGAGAACCCCAGGGAUCCUUGGGGCCACUUACAACAGGAGUUCUUAAUGGGGGUUAUCUUCCCAGCAGGUCUGUGGUAAUUGUGAAGAUGUUUUUGCCUAUCAUAAUUUAAGGCAGGUGUGUGUGUGUGUGUGUGUGUGUGUGUGUGUGUGUGUGGGCGGGGGGGGGGGGAAGAGUUGAGAGGUCAAGGUGUAUCACGGUCAUCUAGUGAAUAGAUGUCCUGAUGGCUGACACAGCUAACCAUCUGCUCCAAGACCAGUGAUGCUGUGUGGAGAAGCCUGCUGAGGAGGGGACAGACCAACAGCAUAAUGUGGCACGGUCAUUGUAGGUCUCCCAGCCAGGCUGGGAGAUGUUGUCUUGGUUGUAUAGUUAUCACUUGUCUACAUACCCCACUGUCAGCCUUCAUAAGACAAACUGCAAUGUAUGAUCUCACUAUAUAAAACCAGACUGUAGAAUACAUGUAAAAAAAAAUCCACAAAUAAAAAAAGACAUGUUAAUUGUAA